AUGGUGAACAUCACUUACAGCUAUGAUGCUCCUUCCUCAAUUGCUCCGGCAAGGUUGUUCAAGUCCCUCAUCCUUGAUGACAACUUCCUUCCCAAGGCUGUGCCACAGGCGUUCAAGAGUGUCGAGAAAGUAUCAGGCGAUGGAGGUGUUGGUAGCAUUUACCACAUAACUUUCGGAGAAGGUUAG